AUGCAUCGAGAUUUACAUUCUGGUAAUAUUUUACUAAAAGAAAGAUAUGAAGCUUAUAUUAAUUUCGAUUCAUCAAUAUCGCCUGAUGAAAAACAGGAUGGUCAUAUUUGUGGAGUUUUGCCAUAUUUAUCACCUGAGGUCUUGAAAGGUGAACAGUUUACCCAAGCCGCUGAUUCAACAAGAACUUAUUACAACCAGCAAAAUGAUUGA